UGUAAUUGACAAUUGAGGAAAAUAGAAAAAAAUGAAAUGGAUAAUGAAAACAAUAUAGUUACUUGUUAUUAACGGAGCUUUAAAUACAGUAGAGUAUAAAAAAUAGUGUUUUAUUAAGUGUGAAUGCUAUGGGGAAACAAAUGAAGUCCGACGCGGACGAGUCGAGUCGGAUGUGGGCGAGCGCGUCCUUCGUGGGCGUACUCAUCGUCAUCGGCCUGCCGCUCUGGUGGAAGACCACGGAGGUGUACAGGGUAGCGCUACCAUACGACAAGAUCGCCGCUUUCGAUUCGCUGUCUCACACCAUCGCUACCGAGGUGACAGUGAUGGCGAAUGACGACGCCAUCGCGUCGCAGAUAGCGGGGCUCAUUGAGAAAUCCUUCGAAGAUUCGACCACAUUAAAAGUCAAAGUGACCAAGACCAUUAUUUCGGACUCUCUGCGCAAUACGCUGGAAUCCGUCGCCGACGAACCAGAAGCGAUAGAAGAGGUAGCGGCCAGCGUCAGCGUGUCAAAACCUAACACGCUAUAUGUGGUACAGAGGUCGCCGCUGUUUCAAAAUGUCUGGCUUAGUGGGGAGCGUGUCAUGUUCUUCAGGGACUCUAAAGCGGGCCCAACCGUCGUCCAAGCCCUCAAAAGCUGGGUAUACCAGACCUCAGUACUCCAAGGCGCUGUAUCAGACUCGGACGAAGCGCGACGCACUCGUUUCCCGCCCGGUGGAGGAUACCACGUCACUCUGUCCGUGGCCGUACCUUCGCCAAAGACCAAGCUUCGAUUCCCCGCUAGAGACGCCAUGGAAGAUUACAUCGGCACGUUUGUGGACGAGCUCAGCGAGCUUCACAACUUCACACUCAAGUCUCAGUGGCUGUAUCUACUCGACUUCGAUUUCCAGGCUAAAGAGGUAAAAGAUACAAGCGAUUACGGCCGCCAUUUUGCCGUUCACAAAGACCGUCUCCACCUUCUCCUGACCAGACUCGAGGAGCGCGCCGCCACACACGUCUCGGAGCUGCCAACCAUCAACCUAGUACUGUACGCUGUUCCAUGCGAGAGGGCGCCACUUGUUAUAUAUGACGGUGACACCCGCGUCCCCACCCCCGUCCAGGCCUUCAUGUCUCCCAAAUGGGGGGGAGUGGUGCUGGCCAACCCCAGGCCGGAAGAAUGCAGGGGGGAGGGGGAAGUGGAGCCCAACGUGCAGCGCGUCAUGGGCGCGUUUGUAGCUCAGCUGAGACCACUACUCGGGAUACCAGAUAUGGUUCACAUCCCGGAUGCUCAACUGGACCCCUUGAGGUCAGUGACCCCGCGGCGUUGGGAGGUAGAUGCAUUGCUGCGUCUGCGGGUUUUGGAACAGAUCACCUCCGCGGAGAACACUUUACAGUCAUUAGCGCAGUUGUUAGGUGAAAUCUCCAACAUCGUGAUCAACGACGAAGUGGGCGCGUCCAUCAACGCGGCCGUCGACGGCAUCGGCCUCGCGCGCGACCAGCUGGCCGCCGGGCAACUAGUGGAGGCCUACAAGAGCUCCCGGGGGGCCCACAGAGCCGCCGAGACCGCCUUUAUGGAGCCUAGUCUACUGGCGUUGCUGUACUUCCCUGAUGAUCAGAAAUACGCCAUCUACAUCCCUCUAUUCCUGCCCAUAAUGUUCCCCGUGGUGCUGUCUCUCAAGACUCUGCUGCUGUGGCUGAGGGGCAAGCCUCUGCACAAGGAGAAGGCUGAUUAAUGUUACCAAAGUAUUUUGCUGUUUGUAAAUUAUUUAAUGCAUUUAGUGAAUAAAUGGGAGUUUGUAAUA